UAAGAAAUGUCAUAACAAAUAAAAAGAUGACCGAGAUGCAGAAAAAGGCAUAAAAGUUAUCAUCAGCCGCACUUAGUACUAUCUUUUAUCUUCUUAACAUUUUCAAGUAAAUAUGUUCACCCAUCUCUCCGGAGGUCGCGUCAAUAUUCAGCAGCUUCAGGAAUCGGUAGCCCGUGAAUUGGUUGAAAUUUUGGAUCGCUGCGAAGGGACGAAAGCUAUUAUCUGGGAUGAGUCGUUAGGAGGUCCAGUGGGUUUAGUUGCCCGUUACACUUUUCUUAAGGAACAUCAUGUUACUAAAAUGUAUCAGCUGAGGCCAGAACCAUGGACAGACAUUGACGUGAAGAACAUAAUUUUCAUCACUCGGCCUAAUCAAACACUGAUGGAUUACAUCGCUAACAACAUUCACGAAGAGGAGCGAAAAAAGAAAAUAUCGAAAAAAGAAUACUAUUUAUAUUUCCUACCGAAGAAAUCCUUCCUAUGUGAGAAACGCCUGCAGGUGAAAGGCGUUCACGGUAGCUUAGCACACAUCGGCGAAUUAAAAUGUGAUUUUUUCCCGUUCGAUAAUGAUCUACUGUCUAUGGAGUUGAAAGAUGCAUACAGGGAUCUCUAUCUGGAAGGAGACACUUCUAGUCUGCACCAAUCAGCCUGUGCACUCAUAGCGCUGCAAAAAUUAUACGGUCGCAUUCCAAAGGUCUACGGCAAGGGUAGUUGCGCUCAGAGGGUCUGGGAACUUACGAAAGCCAUGGCCGAUGAAGAUGAAUCGGUGCUGAACAGUGACAAAGGCGUGAUCGACCAGAUGAUCAUUUUGGAUCGGAAUUGUGAUUUGAUGAGUGUGCUUGCCACGCAACUCACCUACGAGGGACUGAUUGAUGAAAUUUUCGGCAUUAACAAUACGACCGUAAAUCUUCCUGCGGAGAAAUUCAAUUCAGGAGAAGGCUUUUCCAUUGAGAAGAAUUCCGAAAAGAGUCAAUUUAUACUAAACUCGAAAGAGAAUUUGUUCGCAGAGCUGCGUGACAAAAACUUCAAUGCCGUUGGAGCUGUACUCUCCCGACUGGCUAAAUCUAUCCGUUCAAGGGCCAAUGAGAAUCACGGCGAAAAAUCAAUUCAAGAACUGAAAAAGUUUGUAGAGAGCUUGCCGCACAUCAAAGCUAACGAACAAUCGUUGGCAACUCAUACGAAAAUUGCCGAACUAGUAAAAGAGGUAAUUUCUUCCGAUGCCUUCCUUGAUGAGCUUGGUUGCGAACAAGAAUUUAUGAUGUGCUCGGACGUGGAUAAAGCAAAUCCCUUUAUUGAGGACUUAAUUGCAAAAGAAGCUCCACUCCGAACUGUUCUGCGACUCAUGUGCAUGCAAUCAAUCGCCGGUUCCGGUUUGAAGCCAAAAGUUCUCGACUACUAUAAACGAGAACUGGUUCAAGUGUACGGUUUACAAACCUUACUGACUAUCGGUAACUUGGAAAAGGCAGGACUGUUCAAGCCUCAAACUGGCAACAGAACGUACGCAGUGCUACGAAAAACACUAAACUUAACAGCCGAAAAUCCAGAAGAAGUGUCUCCCAAAGACAUCACCUAUGUUCACAGCAUUUAUGCGCCCCUCUCGGUGCGCAUCGUUGAGCAGCAUCUCAAGCCGAACGGAUGGCAAUCACUGAAUGACGUCCUGUCCAGCUUGCCAGGACCAACGUUCGAAGAUUUUCAACCAUCGAUGACCCUGAACAAUCGGCGGGGGUCGUUUACCUCGGAGAUUUCGCAAUCGGACAUUCCUCGUGUGAUUGUAGUCUUUUUUGUGGGUGGCUGUACAUUCGCAGAGAUUUCUGCGCUACGUUUCCUAGCUCAGCAGGAUGAAAACAAUGUGGAGUUUGUUGUUUGUACUACAAAGCUGGUUAACAAGAACAGUUUUCUCGAUGCGUUCAUCGAGAAAAUUAAGUAAGGUGAGUUUUGUUAUUUAUUAUAUAUAGAAGUGAUUCAUUCAGUAUGUAUCAAGGUAUAAUCAAUAA